UGGCGCUUCUUCGGUUCCACCCCUCACCCUCAUCUAAAAUUCUGCAUUGCGAUGGCAACGGACUUCUUGUGUAAAUGGAAAUAAAAACUACACUUCAGUUUCGUUAACAAGACGUGGCCGGCAUCGAAUAUAAUGGCGACUGCCGGUUUGAAGGGAUCUAGAAAUUCCCAACAAAUUUCUAUUUUGCAUCAUCUGGGUGGGACUAGUUUAUUAAAAUUUACUAUUUUAACCUUAGCAUGGUUAUUAGGCUUUAGCUCCAGGCUCUUUGCAGUCAUUCGUUUUGAAAGUAUCAUUCAUGAAUUCGAUCCUUGGUUUAACUAUAGAGCUACUCAUUAUAUGGUUCAACAUGGAUUUUAUAAUUUUUUAAACUGGUUUGAUGACAGAGCUUGGUAUCCUUUAGGUCGAAUUGUUGGUGGAACUGUUUAUCCUGGGUUAAUGGUAACAUCAGGAACUAUUCAUUAUGUCCUAUCAUUACUUAACAUUACAGUUCACAUUAGAGAUAUCUGUGUUUUUCUUGCUCCUGUAAUUAGUGGAUUAACUGCAAUAUCCACAUACUUCUUAACAAAGGAAUUGUGGAAUGAAUCCUCUGGUCUAUUUGCCGCCUGUUUUAUUGCCAUUGUACCUGGUUAUAUCAGUCGAUCUGUUGCUGGGAGCUACGAUAAUGAAGGAAUUGCAAUUUUUGCGUUGAUGUUUACUUACUACUUAUGGGUGAAAGCUGUGAAAACUGGCACAAUAUUUUGGUCUGUUCUUUCAGCUCUUGCAUAUUUUUACAUGGUUUCUGCAUGGGGUGGAUAUGUUUUCAUCAUUAAUUUAAUACCACUUCAUGUAUUUGUACUCUUACUCAUGGGAAGAUUUUCUAGUAGGAUAUAUGUUGCUUAUACAACCUUCUUCAUCCUUGGUCUUCUUUUGUCUAUGCAAAUACCUUUUGUAGGAUUUCAACCUGUUAGAACAAGUGAACACAUGGCAUCAGCUGGUGUUUUUAUUCUGAUCAAUGCAUAUGCCUUUCUCAAAUACCUUCAAUCCUUUUUGACAAAAUCUGAGUUAAAAACUGUUUUCAUUUUUGCUGUUACUGCCAUCGGUCUUUCAGUAUUUCUUGGAGUUGUUGUGCUGACUUAUGGUGGCUAUAUAGCUCCUUGGAGUGGUAGAUUUUAUUCCUUAUGGGACACAGGUUAUGCUAAAAUACACAUUCCAAUCAUUGCAUCGGUAUCAGAGCAUCAACCAACUACUUGGUUUACAUUUUUCUUCGACUUGCAUGUUCUUAGUGCUACAUUCCCUGUUGGAUUGUGGUAUUGUAUUCAAAAUUUAAAUGAUGAGCGAGUAUUCAUUAUUUUAUAUGCUAUAACUGCAGUAUAUUUUGCUGGUGUCAUGGUUAGACUAAUGUUGACGUUGACUCCAGUAGUUUGCGUACUUAGUGCAAUAGCCUUUUCGCAGUGUAUUGAGUUAUAUUUGCAAGACGAUGAAUCCCCAAAGACUUCAUCCUCAUCGUCAGAUAGUGACUCUGAAGAAAGUGAUGGAACUGACAAGAAAGGCAAGAAUUUGUAUGAUAAGGCAGGAAAAAUACGAAAGAUAAAAACUGAUCAGUCGAGAGACAACAUUGGCAUUGGUACAAAUAUUCGAGGAAUCGUAGUUUUACUAUUGAUGAUGAUUUUAAUGAUGUUUGCCGUCCAUUGUACUUGGGUAACCAGUAAUGCUUAUUCAAGUCCAAGUAUAGUUUUAGCAAGUUAUAGUGCUGAUGGGUCUCGUUUAAUUCUGGAUGAUUUCCGUGAGGCUUACUAUUGGCUUUCCCAAAACACUGCUCCAGAUGCAAGAGUUAUGUCUUGGUGGGAUUAUGGUUAUCAAAUUGCUGGCAUGGCAAAUCGUACAACAUUAGUAGAUAAUAAUACUUGGAAUAACAGUCAUAUUGCUCUGGUUGGGAAAGCGAUGGCUUCAAAUGAAAGUGCUGCUUAUGAGAUAAUGAAGUCCUUAGACGUUGAUUAUGUUCUUGUAAUCUUUGGAGGUGUUAUUGGGUAUUCGGGUGAUGAUAUUAAUAAGUUCUUGUGGAUGGUCAGAAUUGCUGAAGGAGAGCACCCUAAAGAUAUAAAGGAAACUGAUUACUAUACUAGUCGAGGAGAAUUUAGAGUUGAUGAACAUGGAUCACCAACUUUACUGAAUUGCUUGAUGUAUAAAUUAAGCUAUUACCGUUUUGGGGAGUUUCAAUUGGAUUUUCGCACUCCCGCUGGAUAUGACAGAACAAGAAGUAUGGAAAUAGGAAACAAAAAUUUUCAAUUGGAGCAUUUGGAAGAAGCAUAUACCACCGAGCAUUGGCUUGUUAGGAUUUAUCAUGUGAAGAAAGAUGCUAAUAGACCACGCAUUCCUUACAAUCAAAGAAAAGUCAAAUCUUCAAAUCUUUUUAUAUCCAAAAAGACAUCUAAGAGAAAAAAGGGAACAAUCAAAAGUCGUCCAGUAGUGGUGAAAGGUAAGAAAGCAGCUAAAAAAUGAAAGUCAGAAAAUCAAGUUUAUGUGCAUCAACGCAGCCCAUCAUAAAUAAAUCACUUUGUGAACAGUGCCUCAUAGACAUUAAAAAGACUCCAUUAUGAGCCUGAAAUUCCAUUUGUAUAAAAGGACCACAAAGCAAUGUUUUAUAUUAAAAUGAACAAGGUGCUGUAAAUUAUGCUCACAUCUUUGACAUCAAAAUGGGGAAUAUCUUUUUUUUUUUUUUUUUUUUUUUUUUUUUUUUUUUUUUUUUUUUUUUUUUUUNGCUGUAAAUAUAAUGAUGCUGCAGUUAUAUUCCAUUAUAUUUAUAAAAUACUUUUUUUUUUGUUUGAAGAUGUUCCUAAUUCUUCAUGCUGUUUGGGUGAUUUUGUAUAUUUUUAAAAAGAAAAAAUAUAUAUAAUAAAAUUCAUUUAGGUAUUUUCUUUCAAUUCAAAGUGUUUACAUUUUUUUUUCUUCUCAUUUUGAGAGCUGAUCAUUUUUAACCCCUUCAGCUCAAAUUGAGUAUUUACUUUAGUACUUAAUAUGCUACAAUGAUGUACAGUGCACAAAUUUUUCUUUUUAUCAAUUUUUUCUUUUUAUUAUUAUUUGCACAUAGUAAAGUGCAGUUUCAAUGCUUUGAGAGGUUAGCCUGAAAUAUACUAAUUAAUUUGUGUAAACAAUAAUGUCUAAUUACAAAGUCAGACACAAAAACGUUCUUUCUCAGAAUUAGCAUUUUUUUUUUUUAAUUCUUGGCCCUUAAAUUGCAGAGAGUUGCCAUAAUCUGGGAGGAAAACAUGGCCCCUGUAGCUCAACAUGUAUAUUUUGCCAUUUCUUAAAAAUAUUUAAGCUCAUCGAAUAAAGAAAAAAUCUUUUUUUUUUUACGCAAUUUUAAAACUUAUGUAUCAAAAGAUAGUUCUGCAUCAAAAACGAUUUGUAUUAGUAUAAUUUAUUUUAGUAAUAGUAAAAAAAUAUUUGAAUCAUUAGAUAAGCAAAUUUUACGUCAUUUAAAAUUAUAUCAUUUUGACUGACAAAAUCCAAGAUUUGAGUGGAAUAGCUCUUGAGGUAUGAAAAUUUAUUAUUACAACUUUUCGAAAUUUCAUUAUACUCCAAAACUAUUAAGCCGAUUUUGCAGAAAUUUUGUAAUUUUUUAUUUGAAAUUUCUUAACUGUUUAAAAUGAAAUUUUUUUUUUUUUUUGCUUUAUUAUUCAAGUUUUAUUCUACCAUUAUUAAAUCAAAUGAUAAAACUAUUUUUUGUUUGGAAUUAUAAUUAUAUUUGUGUGAAUAAGUUUUAUUUUUGUGUUCAAAAGUGUUUAGAUUUGCUUCAAUAGUCUUAGAGCUGGGGAAAUAUGUAAAAAGAGAAAAUCACAUUCAGAGACCCAAACUUUUGACUGCUCUCCUAAACUAUAGGUACCGUAUUUUCCAGUUUGCAGUUACCAUAAUAUGAUGGUCAAGAGUUCCAAUUCAUCAAAGAUGGUCAAGAAUUCCAUUCAUCUGCACAAAUUAAUUGCAUAUUAGUAUGCCAUAAUCUGAUCACUAGAUCUAAAAUUAUGAAAGUGUUGAUUUUUAUGUUGCACACUGUACAUUUUUGUUUCAAUUUCAUGAGUUUCAGAAAGAAUUUUUACAAAAUACUAAAUUUUAUGACGAAAAUUUGAAAAUGUUCAUAAAACGAAAAAAAAAAAAAUUUUUUUUUUUUUUAAAGGGCGAAACAGAGUUCUCCCUAAGAAUAAAAAAGGGCAGGGCACGCUGCCUCUCAAAAAAGGCACUAUCUAUAAGUUUUAAAAGGGCACUCAUUCAGCACCGUAAAAAUUUAUCAAAAUGUGUAAUAUUAUGUAAUAACUGAAUAUGAUCUUCAACAAUUUUUAAAUUACCCUCUUGUACUACUUUAUGUGUAUAUUUCAAGAAAUGAUUCUCUCUCAUUAAUUUUCUCUAUAAGAGAAAAAUUUGUAGUUCAUAAAAAUAAUUAAAGACAUGCUAAUGUCUCUCUGAGCAUAAAUUUUUUUUCAAAAAAAGUUAACUAAAAAUAACUAUUAAUUGAUGAACAAUUUGAAAGAGAUUUUUAUAAUUUAAACUGAAAAUUAUGAAAAAAUAAGCAUUUAAAGUUAAUUUUUUAAAAAAUUUAUUAAUAUCCCCCCCCCCUCAGUAAAAGAGAUACUAUUAAAAAUUUAACGAGUUGAGAAUAAUUCAAGCAAAGUUAAUAUUCGUAAUAAUAAUCAGAAUCAAACCUAUAAAUACUGCUAAUUUUACCAGUGUGUAAUUAUUAUUUAAAAAGUGAAUUAGUUUUUUAAAAAAUGGAAUAUGAAUAAAUAAGCAGUGUUUUUAAGGGAUGGGUGGCAUGUAUUUACAAAGAGGGCACAUUUAUAGGAAUCAAAGGGCAGGCAGGACUGACCGCCCACCUUUAAACGCUUAGGGAGAACACUGAGCUAAAUAAUGAUCAAAUGGAAUGAGUAUUGGAGAUAUUACUUAAUACAAACUUCAAAAAAAAUUUGAAUGUGUUGACUGAAUACCAUGUUGUUGCCAUUUCAAGCAUAAUAAGGUCGCAGAAUAUGCUAAAACAGAAAAAGAUUGUGAUCCUAAUAAAUAUUAAAUUUUAUGCAUUUGUGAUCAAUAUUUAGUGUUAAACUAUUGAAUACCAGAUCUGAAGGGGUUUUCUAUUAUUAAACUAUUUUAUAAAAUUUAAUUAGUGAGAUCUGCUCUUUUGGGUAUUGAUAAAAAGAGUUAUAAGAAUGUUAUUCACACCAUAAGCUUAAAAAAUUAAUCUGAUACUUCAUAUAUACUGCCUUGAGGUGUUACUACCUUUUUUUCUAUUGUUAUUUAUUUUAUAGUUCUAUUGGAAAAUAUUAUUCAUGCCAUGAAUUAUUUGCACUGAUAAGAAAGCAAAUAAAAUUUUAAUUCUUA